AUGGGGCUCUCGUUUAUCGGAAUCGCCUUCGGCAUCCUUGCAAUUAUUGGAAUAGCGGUCCUUGUCUACUUUUGUUGCUGCCGGAAGAAGCAAGCUGCUGAAACAUCCCCACCCUUCGAACCUGCCCCUGCUCCCAUCUAUCAACCCGCAGAUGGCUUUCAGGUUGUUAUUGCUUCCUAAAUUCGGUUAUAUCCGGCAUCAUCAGCCUUUUUCGAAUUCUCCUCUCUCGUCUAUUGAUUGUUUCUAUGAUUUGUCCAGAUCCUCUGUGUCCUCCGCUCGGAAUUUUAGAGUGGGUUCUGUAAACUGCAUCCUCAAAUAGUCUGUUGUAUAAGCCGUCGUUGGACUGUUAACAUUGGGAAGAGAAGUCAUCUAUCGAGGGACUAUAUACGUGAAUGACUUCCGUAUGAAAACAUUGGGUGUUCAAACUCAUUAAUUGGCACAAACUUAUCAUUUUUCUCAGACUUUUCAUUUUUGGUUAUUGCCCAAUGCCGGUAUUUUCUUUACAUUGGGCAGAGAACAGUGAAGCUAAGGAGCCGUUUGCGCGGACUGCAAAUACUUCCGUUUAGUCGUCUGCCAGUCAUUUUUAGUCCUCGGUUUUUAUUUAUUUGGAUUGCGCCCUCUGUUGACUUGAGACUUGUAAGCAACGCCGUACUCGACCCUCUGGUUCGCCCUUCCGCUUCAUUUCGCUACACUUCUGGCUUCUUUUUCCUCAGUUUGACUUUUGCGAGCGAUGAUUUCCACCUCAGCAUGGUGGGCGCAGCACGGUGAUUUGCGCGUGAAGUAGUUUAUAGUUAUAGCGGUCUUGCGCAGCGACUGUCGCACUCUCUCCUUCACCCGCCCGGGCCCGGUGGCACGACAGAGUCAGAACGACUGGAGGUGGGAUCAGCCGCAACUGCUAACAAAGCCAAAUAGCCCGUCUUCGCAUGCCACACAUGUCUGGUGCGCACACGAUUGGCCAGGUUUUCCCAUAAACAUCAAAGCGGGGCUGGUGGUUGGGAUCCUAUCUGAGUGGGAGUGCCGUAGAGGCUACACUAAGGAGUAGUCAUUGCAGCCUGACUUUCAGUCCUGAGGGCACCAAGUUACUCUGCCAGUUGGCGGUUUUCCAAACCACGACUUUUAGCGCAUUCUUAUAACUUCCAAACGCGUCAGACUUUUUUUUUAUGUUGAGAUGUGCUGAAGUGUCGUGGGGACGGCAUCCCCAGAGUUAACCUCAAUCAUUCUUCCCUGUAUUGCACCGUCCUGCUGUCCAAACCGGUCAACCAUCUGACAUUGGGAUUGAGCCCGCUCCACUUAAUACAAUUAUCACGUAAAACCUCGAAAUAUUGAGACGGGCAGUGAUGAUGCCUGAGGCUUGCACUGUCAAGAAAAAAAAGGCGCUGGAUUUUUUUAGCAGAUUCCUCCCACCACAAUGGAUAGGAUCUAUUACAAUCAUGCGUAGCCACUCUGGAGCCCCGUUUACUAUAAACACCGACGGCCACGUGUUACCCUGAGUCUCCUUAAACUCUUGUUGGCCGGACAUAGGUCUAAGGAUCACCAAGUUGCCACAAAUUCCAGUCUCUUUGUCAUGCCGAGCCUUCACUGCCCACUUACUCGUGUUGUCUUAAUGCCUGCCUCCAGAAAUCAUAGUUCCGUAAACACUGUUUGGAAUUUUUGUUUCCUGUCUACAGUGCUCUGUUUUGGCUGGUUGUUUGUUCUCAUACAGUGCCCUCUUUCGUCGGCGUGGGACGGGGAUAACAGCCAGUCGACGCGAGCCCUGACAGAUAUUUCCCCUCGCCCGAGUUGGUGAUUUCCAGCUAAAAGUCAACGUAGCAACGACCGCCAGCGCGUUGCUGAUUGCCCGCUUUUAAGUAAUUUAAUUAACAGGCAAUGGUUACCGACACAAAGUCCUUGGCGACAUUAAUAGUCUUACGUUUCGUCCCGUAGUGCAAAGUAAAUGUGCCACGUGAAGUGUCUGUUACAUUUUUUAAAUCAAUAACUCGACUUUCGGGCUUUAAAGGAUGAACCCUUGAUUUCUCACGACUGUUCUGUUUUAAAAUAACACGAAGGAUUGUCGAUAAACGCAAGAAUGCGAGUUCUAUAAAUAGUGGAAGAGACGCGAUCGCUGGAUAGAGAAUUUUAUCCACUUGGCGUUUCCGGAUCACACGCGAACCCAUCAUCAGAGACAGCAGUAUUUAUAGAACGCAGUUCCUAUGCCACCAUACAUUUUUUAAAAUUAGUGAUCCUUAUUCAUUGUAGACAAUUCUAUUUGGUGCGAGAAUUGUUUGAUUGGAGCAACUUCAUCACUUGCGUAGGUUAUCGGCGUGAUAAUUACUCGGUUACUCCGCUCACCGAUGCUGUCAGUGGAAGCAGUGUUUUUCCGCUUGCUCUCUGUGUAACUAAUAACUCUGUGCAGGCGAAGUCAACACACCUGUUGGCGGACGGUGGGCCGGAGAAUCAUGACUCGGGCAGUUCGCUACUCACGCGAUUGUCACCCGUAAUUUCUUCUUACUGUUUCUGUUGCAUGUUCGACCAUCUGCGUCCAACGUAGUCUAAUUUCUCCGAUAUGGUUGCUUUAUCCGCAAAUGCAGCAGAUCCGAAAAACAACUGUAGACGUUUCGUGCCGGGACAACGGGUCUCGACCCUAUCACUCGACGCCUGAUGGUUGCCUGCCGUUUACCGUACUGGAAUGGAAAGACGACUGACGCCCUCCGGAGGGUUCUUGGCGCCAAUACCCAGUUAGUUCGUUGAAUGAAAACUUUCCAAAACAUAAAAUUCAGGACUCGAGUUCGGGAAGAAUGACCAACUGCUGGUUUUACAGCAGCAAAGUUAGUUGAAGUUGCCCAGACUACUGGACAAGUGGUGGCGCUCUCCAACGUCCUUGGCCAUGGGCACGGACACGGGCGGCUGGACUACUGAAAGCCAGGACGCACUUUGGGGCACGAACUUGAUGAGCAUAUGAUGUGAUGUGGGAGACCAGGGGAGUAAUGCCCAUGUGUCUCUCCUGCCCCACCGUCCCCCUAGGUUUUACCAUCAUAGGUUGCACCUCUAUGACACCCUACCUUGCCGACGCGGUUUCACUGAUAAACGGCAAGGUCACCGUUAUGAAUUCAUGAGAACUUCAGGUGCCACGUGCUACGUUUUUUUUCAGGACAAGAAAUGCCAAGUUUAGGAUAAAACUAUCCUUGGAGAAAACAGCCGAGUUCAGGGUAUUUGUCGCUAUCGAAAACGUCGCAGCUGCUAAUAGUUACCUGCGGUCAGCGUCAUAUAUGCGAACUGCGAAUUAAAAGGUGCUGUUUUGUAAACGCCCGGCUUCGCUUAGGAGACAUUUACUACGGAAAGGCAUUAUAGGGGAGAUUUUAAUGGCCAUUUCUGGAUCAUCCGCCGGCAUAAGCCAGUCAUACCAGACUCCGGGCAACCUUGGAAUUUUAAACCGGAAUUUGUUGAUCCUAGAGAAUUUUGGUUAACAGUUCUACCACGGGCUACGAGUCUGCAUCCUGUCGGCUGUAAUGGAGAGCAGUCAGAGAAGGUGGGUUUUCAUCGAGAUGUUCUGAUUGCCGAACGAAAUUAGAGUGCGUUCCGCUCAGGAGCUCCAGUUUAGAACCUGUGCUGGAGGUGUCUCGGUGACAUGCGGUCAAUAGCCGCCAAAUGUUACAGCCGGAGGCUAGGCAGCCUGGAAUGUAUACUUCAAGCAGCCAUAACGAACGGGAAAACGAAAUUGCAGCUGGACACGAGAAUAGGUACACUUCGUAUUAUUACAGGUGGCUUUUUGCUAAAUUUCAGGGAAUACCUAUUCCCAUUUCCAAACUUUAGCCCUAACCAUCCUAACACUAACCUUAGCCAUAAUCCCCCUGGAAUUUAGCGCGGGACCACCUGUAAUACAGGGAAUGGGGGAUGGGGUGGGGUGAGGGUGUGCACUUUUUACCGCACCGUACGCGAAAUCGCUCGCAUUCCGUUCGUUUGCCAGGGGAGACCGCCAAAUGUCACUCCAGUGUGAUUUUACAUACUCACGAACGCGACCAACAAAGCCUGUUUUGAAAGUGACAGAGCACGGGCCCGGUGAGCAAUAAAUCAGGAUUAAUAUCUCAGGCGUGCCUGGUCCGGUGUUCGUGCACAGAUAACGAGCCAGACGUGGCUAUUGCCUCCUGUCAUGUCUUUGUCGGUAGCACUUCUACGUUACUGAUUGGUGAUUGAUAAGUGAACUGCGAGUUAAAGGAUGCUGUUAUUCAAUUUCCGGGUUUCGCUUGGGAGGCCUUUGCUGUCGGGAAGUAUUACAAAGAAGAUUGUUAUAACUAUUUCUGGUCUAUUUUUCAGUGUCUUUGUUUUGUUAGCAAUUUAUCCCUCUUCACACUCACACUUUCCGUCCCCAUAUUUUAAGCUUAUUCUAUAAAAUAUGCGGAUUUUACCCCGGGGCUCUGAUCAAGUUUACUUAUGGUCCCAUCCCUCAUUGUUCAUGUUGAUUACGCCUUUAUUUUUGCCUUGUGUACAUUUAGGAGGUUAUUCGCACAUUUAUACUGCAAACCCGAAAUUCGUUGUGUUUGUGUUCAAUGCAUUGAAGCAGCAGUUCCCGUCGAACUACGUCAUAUAGAAUAAAGAAACGUUCAUUGCUAGAAUGGCAAGCAACCGGCAGUUGAUAACAAAGUGAUCCGGCUUGAGGGACUGUGAAAACUAUCACAAAUCUUCGUAUAUUCCGUUAUUUUAUUAAAGGGUUGCUUCCGAGUUCGCUUUAGUUUGCACACUCUAGACUAAACUGUAGUCUAGAGGAGGAAUGACUGCUACCCACAAAGGCUAGGCCACUUUCUAUCUAGUGGUUAACUAUUUGCUGAUGAAAUCCUCUUGCCUGAUACCAAAAUCAGAGUCCUACUCACGCAGUUAUUUUCCCUUUACUCUGCGCGUCUAAUCCUUGGGUCCCAAGUAUGUCUUGUCAACUUUUCAUAAGUUCUGUGCGUUAUCUUACGGCCGUUGUUUCACUUCAGCCCUCAACUUUUACGAACUGCUACUUCCUUUACAACAUAAGGAAUGGCGUCUAGUUCCCCAAGGGCUUCUACGAAUAGGGCGUUGUCUUGCUCACUCCACCAUUUUGAUGCACAAUCCAAUCCAAUAUGCAUUUAAAGUUAUGAAGUUUAACAGAACAGUGAGGAGGGGAUAUUUUCCUCAGAGAAUCCUAAUCAGUCACUACGUCGAAUAGUUAUCAAAUUACUUUGAUCGCCUAUUUCGCUAGAGAAUCUCAUCAUAAAGAGCGACGCCCCACCUCUCGACGAAUCCCGAUGUUGGUACUUUGUCUAAUACCUCUCUCACUGGUGUUCGCGGAGGUUGGCGAAAUUGGAUACCAUUGCUAAGUGUAUCGUGAACCUCAAACAGCCAAUUAUGGAUGUUGCUGGAUUCUAUUUCCUAUCAGAACUUGUUGCGAUCUUUCGGCGAGCCUCUGAAACGCGCUUUCACACCCUCUUGGUAAACCACUACAAUAGUCCAUGCCACUUGGGUUUGAUGGUCUUUUUGUUGGAGUAUAAACAGGUGGUUGCUGGUACUAGCGUUUAUUAAUACACUGGGCAGGCUGAAGUCAUUGCGUUCUAUUGGAUACCGUUUUUAAUGCGCUACAGGCGUGUGACAUAACGAAUGCCUUUUUGAUUGGUAAACCUCUGAAUAUACAGCUACUUUUAUUCCUUCCCCACAGCCUCCUCCUCCUCCUCCUCCUGGGACGGGACCGGUUGGCUGGAAUGUAAGCCAGCCCCCCGGAGUCUCGGGUCCGGGGGCACCCUAUCCAACAGGACCAAUGCCUGGAGGUCCUGUGGGAUCCGCAUGGGGUCAAGCCCAAGCGCCAUACCCAUCCGCUCCCGGAGCACCCCCGUCCUACCCGUCGGCCCCGCCGCCGUACCCGGGUUGA